GGGUGGAAUGCGGAACAGCAUCUCUUUCAUGCAAGGAUCCGAACCGGACUAUGAUCAGCGUCCUACGAUCGUCAGGUUAGAAUGCAGAAAGCAGCCACUCGUGGCCUCUCUCGGUGAUCUCGGUCAUGUUCGUAGAUUGAUGGACGACCUUCGCGAUUCAUCACUGCUAUCCGAAGUUUGUAAGACCCAGACCAAGCCAAACGACAUCAAAAUCUUGAACCCGGUCCUGGAAAUGGCUUCCCUUGCAUCGCUUCUCUCUAUCGCUUCCUCAGAUUUGACCAUCACCAUGAUGAUAAUGAAGGACGAACGGGAGGCAUGCAAAGGGCCCCUUUGGCACCCGAAUCACUUUGUUGGAGUUUCGGGAGCUUCAGAUCCUAAAACUGAUUCGCAAGACUUUAGAAAGCUGCUAAGGAGUAUGCAAAGCGACAAGAUGACCCGAAGAAUAUCAAGGCCAGUCGUUUCAGCAUCGGAGCGCUUGCCAAUGUCCCGAAGCCCCUUGUCCAAACUCAAGGAUCGAUCGCCCGGUCCCAUUGUCAGCAGCUUGUUCUUCAGCAACAUGACAUGGCUAGACUUGCUUCUUGGAGCUGUUGACUUUUACUGGGUCUCUUCAGCUAGCCCCUUUCUCAGCGCUGCGAUUGUGCAUUUUGUAGGUCAUUCCGGUAGUCCCAGUCGUUCAGGGACAGCACGGGGAUCAGCCAUGAUCAAGCGCAGAAGAUCGGGUUCAUCAUGAGAAACGUUCUCCAAAGGCUCGCAGGACGUGCAAUUGGAAGCUUUCAGGAUGUAGCUACUCAUGGAAUGACGGAGGACACUCCUCUCUGUGAUAUGCAUGCUCCCUAUCUGCCA